GUUACAAUGGAUUAUUUACUGAAGUUAAGCCAGUGCAGACAAUACAUUGCGUUGUCCGAGCGUGUUGGUUUACGUACUGGAAAUAUGAUUUCGGUGAGACCGAUUUUAGUAAAAACAACAAUGAACAGCCUACUCCAUGAAUAUAUUCGUGCAAGUUUGCUAGCUAGCUUGCUAAAUCGUUAGCGCUCCAAGUCGCUCAGCAAGUUAGCUGACCUGGUUAGCUUACUACGAUUUUUUCGAGCAUUUUUUCACGAGGUUGUUUAUAAGGAGCAUUUGUCAGAUACCCGCUUCUUCAACUAAUGUUAGCAACCCUUAUCUGAUUGCAAGAAAUCCACCUCCGAUAACGUCACUUUUAACAUCAACUGACAGAAAUUUGGAAUGAUUGCAUGUAACGUUAAAGUUAUUCCAGCUGCUAGAUAACGUCAGUUUUAUUAACACGUAACAGAAUAAAGUGUAUCGUUAGCGGUGAAUAGAUGGUUAAGAUAGAUAACAUAGUAAGUUAAAUAUCUCAGGCUGAGCUGUUUGGCUAGAUAGAGUAUGUUAACCUUAGCUGGCUAUCAAGACAAACGUGUUACUACCGCCAACAAGCUAGCUGGCACUUUGAAAUUUGGGGAGUUACCUCAGCCAAAGCGUCUUACGAGGGAAGCAAUGCGCAAUUAUUUGAAGGAGCGGGGGGAUCAGACGGUGCUCAUAUUGCAUGCUAAAGUUGCACAGAAAUCCUAUGGAAACGAAAAAAGGUUCUUCUGCCCUCCUCCGUGUGUGUAUCUGAUGGGCUGUGGCUGGAAGAAGAAGAAGGAGCAGAUGGAGAGGGAGGGCUGCUCAGAACAAGAGUCACAGCCUUGUGCCUUUAUUGGCAUUGGCAACAGUGAGCAGGAGAUGCAGCAACUCAACCUAGAGGGGAAGAACUUCUGCACCGCAAAGACUCUGUACAUAUCGGAUUCUGAUAAGAGGAAACACUUCAUGCUUUCUGUGAAAAUGUUCUACGGGAACAGUGCAGACAUAGGAGUCUUCCUCAGCAAGAGAAUCAAGGUCAUCUCCAAGCCCUCAAAGAAGAAGCAGUCCCUUAAGAACGCAGACUUGAGAGAGCAGUCUUUUGGUCUCCAGAAAGGGGGUUCAGUGUGCAUUGCGUCGGGGACCAAGGUGGCGCUGUUCAACCGGCUACGCUCUCAGACGGUCAGCACACGUUACCUGCAUGUGGAGGGUGGCAACUUCCAUGCCAGCUCACAGCAGUGGGGCGCCUUCUUCAUCCACCUCUUGGAUGAUGAGGAGUCUGAGGGAGAGGAGUUCACCGUGAGGGACGGUUACAUCCACUAUGGUCAGACAGUUAAGCUGGUGUGCUCAGUCACUGGCAUGGCUUUACCGCGGCUGGUCAUCCGUAAAGUAGACAAACAGACGGCCCUGAUGGAUGCAGAUGACCCCGUGUCGCAACUGCACAAGUGUGCUUUCUACCUGAAGGACACCGAGAGGAUGUACCUGUGUCUUUCCCAGGAACGCAUCAUUCAGUUCCAGGCAACCCCUUGCCCCAAAGAGACAAACAAAGAAAUGAUCAAUGAUGGAGCGUCGUGGACAAUCAUCAGCACAGACAAAGCAGAGUAUACCUUCUAUGAAGGCAUGGGCCCUGUGCCCACAUCAGUUACACCCGUGCCUGUGGUGGAGAGCUUACAGCUGAAUGGAGGAGGAGAUGUAGCCAUGCUGGAGCUGACUGGUCAGAACUUCACUCCGCACCUUCGCGUCUGGUUCGGGGAUGUCGAGGCCGACACCAUGUACAGGUGCGGGGAGAGUGUCCUGUGUGUGGUGCCUGACAUCUCUGCCUUCCGCGAGGGCUGGCGGUGGGUGCGGCAGCCGGUGCAGGUGCCUGUGACGCUGGUGCGCAACGACGGCAUCAUCUACUCCACCGCUCUGACCUUCACCUACACGCCCGAGCCGGGCCCCCGGCCCCACUGCGGCGCAGCCGGGGCCAUUCUGAGGGCCAGCAGUAGCUCGUCUUCCUCACCCUCCUCAUCUUCAUCUACCAGCCUCAUGCUGCCCUCCAGUUCAGACAGCCAGGCAGGCUACGUCACAGGCAGCAUCUCCUCGUCCUCCUCAGCCAUGUCUGUGUCCUAAGGCUUCAGUGGGAGAGCAUUGUUUGUGUGCGUGUGUGUGUGUGUGUGUGUGUGUGUGUGUGUGCGCGCAUUUGCGUGCCCAGUAGUGGGAGAGGCAUUCAGCAAAGACAGGCUGAGGCCAGCCCAGCUAAAAACUACACUAAGCUCAUGAAAAACUACACUUCUGUGUUUGGUGAAGGGGCAUUGUUCUGAGAGAGGGAGCGAGCGAAAGAGAGAGAGAGAGAAAGGCUGACGGUUGUAGCAGAACCAGUUCAGAGACUCCGCAGAGCACUCCUGCUGCUCCCUCCUUCCCUUCUCUUGUCCUCUCCUCUCCUCUCCUCUCCUUCUGUUGCAAAGGUCUUACUGCAGUCCUGUGCUCCUUAGUGAAGAGGCUUUACGCCUCCAACGGCUCCAUCACACAAGGCCUUAAGAAAAACCUACUUGAUGGUGAAAGCUCUAAACAAACUUUGUAUUUCUAGUCAGAGACCUGGAAAUGGUGAUGCAAAAAGUGCCCUGAGAACUGAGAAACAGAUUUUUACGGACCAAGCAAUACUAUUGUUAUUAUUAUUGUUAUUUUUAUUGAUAUUAUAUAUUUUAUAAGCUUUAGCUAAGGUACAUUUUCAUUCAUCCUCUCUGUUUUUUUAUAACCAUUAGUAAUACUUUGCUACCAAUUUUUUUUAUUUUUCAUUUUAUAAGAUCUGUUGUGACCUUGACCUCAAAAGGCUUUGGAGGCAGAGCAUGGGGUUUGAACUGAAUUCACUUAUUGAGGUGAGACAGCUCAAUCCCCUUGGCCUUUUGCCAGAUCUUUUCUUUUUUUUCAAAAAUAUUUCAUUUCGCACAUUUUUCUUCACUGGUUUUGAUUGAAACCGGGAUGCUGUUAAUGUGCAUUAGGGAUGCGAGGGCCUGUGGUUCUUGUCCUGUGUGUUUGAAGACACGGAGUCCUGACACAUGAAAGCUUUAACAGUUGCUGUAGGUCCUUGGGCAGACAAACUUUUAAUUUGUAACACAAACUGUUGGCUUCUUGACCGCAACCAGUCUAUUAUAUCAUGUGUGCCUUUUAUGACUGUGGUUAUGUUGGGAAGUCAAAAGACUUAAAUUAUAUAUACAGGUGUCAGUAGGUUAAGAUUCAGAUACUCAAGAUAUUAAGCUUUAUGACUCAGAUAUUCAAAUUGACCACUACGUCCAGUAUAUAUACAUCUGAUUUCUACCCCAGGGGUAGUGUAUUCAUAUUGGGUUGUACACUAGGACUUGUGCCCUAUCAAACAUACAGUAAGUGACCCUAUCAAAUGUGUUGUGUGCUUUCUGGAGAGGUGUGCACUUAUUUCACUGCCUUUGUUCAAAUUGCCUCUGUCGCGACUUCCUCAGCUGUCCACAUCAUGUGUGUUAGACUAAGGAGAGGAAACAUUGUUGACAGGACAAUUUCCUACGUUUUGUAUUCCAUGUUGUUGACCAGUUUUGAUACUGGAAUUUACAAAAUUGCCAGUAUGCUGUGCACAUGUAUGUUCAUUCUACAGGUCAAAUUUGAAGUGUCAGUAUUUUUCUUCCAAAGUGCUCACCCUGUGUUGUUUUGUCUGUUUGGUAUGCACAUAUCUGAAAUGUCUCUAUCAGACAGAUCUCCAUGAGGCCUGUGUCAAGAAUAUAUCGUAGGUCUUAAUAGUUACUUUAGGUAUUGUGUGCCUAGAUGGGUGGAAAAUUAAUUUUCUUAAAGCUUUCUUAACCAGUAUCAGUUUUGUUAUCAAAUCAUGUAUUGUGUUGAUGCACAGAAUUUCCAGUUGAAUCAAAAUAUCUAGUCCAUGUGUCAUGCUUAUAAUGCGUAAACUGGAGGUUUUUUUUUUGUUUUUUUUUUGUUUUGUUUUUUUCUCCCCCAAGUCUAUCAAGUUCCAGGUUUGGAUGAGCACACGAUGCAUGUGUGGCUACAGCAUUGGUGCCUCUUUCUCUUUGCCUCCUGUGGAUCUGUUUCUAGGACUGUAGCCUUACUGCCCAAUUGUGAACAAACCACCAUUCUGUCGCUGGAACAUAUUCCUUAGGCCCCCUCCCCCUGAAAUAUUACUAAACAAAUGGACAUACGAAAUACUAAAGCAUUGCAUUAAUGAAAAGAACAUUUGUGGUCUUGGCAGCCAUUACAGCUCACAGUGCCUUGGACCGUGGAAACUCAGAACCUUUUUGCCAAAUUCUUGUCGGUCCUAGGGGUGAUCCUCAGACAGCUGGGGUGCUGGUUUAUUCUUGUCAACAAUAAUGGUGCUUUUUGAAAAUGUAAAAGGGCCAGUCUGUCACCAUGGGAAUGGAUCACUAAAUACUGUAAAAACAAGAUGAUGUGAUAAAUA